CCUGAUUGGGCAACUGCGGAGUUUGAAUAACAAAUCAAAAAUCGUAAAACGCCUCCAUGUAAUUACUAAAGAAAGUGUCUGAUGUCUUUGAAUGAUAGUGAGUAAGGAAUGAAGAUAGGGUAAAUCUGUACUAAUAAGGGGUAUAAACAAAAUGAAUCUCAACAUACAGAACAGUUUAAUAUCAUGUGUGACUUUUCUAUCAAUUUUUGUGAUAUGCAACAGUGCCGAAACCUUGAGUAAAGAUGACAGUAAUAGCGCUGAGUUAUCUUCUAUUAUUGGACAAAAUCUAAUAGAUACCGCAAAUCAAGAUAUAGACAAACGAAAAUGGAGUUCAGUUGCUAGUUGGGGUAAACGGGGGUGGCCGCUAUAUUCAGGAAAAAGAUGGUCCGUUUUACAUACUUGGGGAAAGCGUGCCUCGCCAGACUCCGAUGAUAUUAACAAAAGAAAGUGGUCAGGUUUUACCUCUUGGGGUAAAAGAGCACUGAAAGAUUACCUCAAUAAUGACGACGAUAAAAGAAAGUGGAGUGGGUUUACAUCUUGGGGAAAACGAGAUUUGCCAGACUAUGAAAAUGUUGACAAACGUAAAUGGUCUGGUUUUACUUCUUGGGGAAAAAGAUCUGAUUCUGAUGACAUUGAAAACGAUAAACGAAAAUGGGCAAGUUUUAAUUCUUGGGGUAAACGUUCUCCAGCAUCUGAUGAUUCGGACUUAGACACUGACAUGGAUAAACGUAGAUGGAACCAAGUAGGCGUUUGGGGAAAAAGGAGUGGUGAACCGGAAAAGAGAAGAUGGUCAUCUGUAUCAGCAUGGGGCAAACGAGGAUGGAACAACUUCCAGUCAUGGGGAAAACGACCAUGGUCAUCAUUCAAAUCCUGGGGGAAACGUAAUCCAUGGCAUUCAUUGUCAACAUGGGGAAAACGAUCUGUACCAGUUGAGAGUGACCAGGAAGCAUCCUACACAGCCCAAGCUGUUUGAGAAGGGAGAUAACUCGACAUGUACAGAUUCAAUUAUACCAAUUAGCAAUAAACAAAUUUCGUGACAAAGUAUAUACUUCGCUAUAUUGUAAUUUGUCUUAAAGAAUCUUUUUAUGUAUUUUAGUGAAAUGUAAUUUGAUUUUUGAGCCUGCUGACAUUUAAUUGAAAGGAUGCUAAACUAUCACCUCAGUCCCGGCAAUCUAAUUAAAUGUUUGUUAAUAUGUUGUGUAGGACUAAGUGCGUCCGGUAAUGGCGGACAUAAUAAGUUGUUUAAAAGCUGCUUCAUUUCAGGAAUAUUAAGUCACGAAACAUUUAGAAUGACAGAAGAAAUGUUGAUGUAUUGAUAGUGCACACGAGGAAUGUAAUUAUUAUUUAAGGAGAAACUUUGUUUUUCUCUUUUUUCCUAUUUUAAUCAUUUGUGUUUUUGUUUUGUAAACUUAAGUUCAAUUUAUUCCGGAUUCAUUGAAGGUUAUACUGUCGACUGCUUGAAUGAGAGACAAAGUAUAACAAACAUGCUUUCAUCUUUAAAUAGUUUAUAUAUACAUCAUUGAAAAAUAGAGAGGAACUGAAGUUUCUAAAGCCGAUGUUUGAUAGAAAUUACGGUAUAUCUACAUAUAUUAUAAGACAAGACAAGAAAAGUAUAGAAUUUAAGAUUUGUUAUUUCAUUCAAACAAAUUCAUUGGUCCGUUUAUUUUUCGGUGUUUUGUGAUUGGUUUAGAACAUUGAAAGACAGAUAUUAUUUUGUGAUAAACUACUAUGAUGGAGAUUUAUUAUAUGAUAUAUAUAUAUAUAGCAGAUUUAAAAAGUAUUUUCAAGGAAAAUAAAAUGCUGAUUUACAAA